AUGUCAGUGUCUCUAUUCUCUAUUUGUAUUCAUGGGACGACGGUGAAGACCCAUGCUGCACCACCAUCGGAUGAUAACCUACCACCUCGCCCCAAGGAGGGUGGGGUUGAAACGAGGUAUUGCGAAUUCUAUAACAACUCCCUACCACAAAACUGUGGCUCACAGAACAAGACAUGUCCCCCAGCACCCGUUAUACGAGAGGAAUGCCAGCCCAUAGAGGCAGAUAAAAGCAACCAUUGCUUCGUUUUAUGGUACUACGACAACACAACGAAUACGGUCACGGUCAAGGUCAAAGGCUGCUUCCUAGACACCGUGGCGUGCAACGAUAGGGCUUCAAGCUGCAGGAUCCACAAUCAGAAGCUUCCCCUUCUCCAUUGCUGUUGCGAGGGUGACAUGUGCAACGAAAACGCAACCUUCCCGGGACUAGAAGCUGGAAUGACGUCCCAAACAGAACUACCGCCAGAAAGAGUUCCAGCUUCUCCGUUGCCAACAGCAGACGAUGACACACGAGCUGUAAUAGCAUAUACCCUAACGCCGUUAUUUUUGCUAUUCGCUGUGCUGGUUGCGUGUUAUCUAUUGUAUAGGAAACGUAAAGGCAGUUCGUUCGCUGAGCUCGCUAAUGGUGAGGCGUCGCUAUCAAGACCGCCCUCAGCAUCAGCGGGUAUGGAGAACGAGACGGGUAUACUCCUGGGACAGAUAACGUUAUGUGAGGUGCGAGCGAGAGGGAGGUUCGGGGCUGUGUGGAGAGCGAAACUCGGGCAGCGUGAUGUAGCGGUGAAGGUAUUCCCGCUUCAAGACAAGCAGUCCUGGCUGGCGGAGCAGGAGAUAUACAGACUCCCGCGAAUGGACCACCAAGAUAUAUUACAUUAUAUCGGAGUAGAUAAGAAGGGGGAUAAUCUGCAAGCUGAAUACUGGCUUAUAACGGCUUAUCAUGAAAAGGGUUCUCUUUGCGACUAUCUCAAAAGCCACACAUUAUCAUGGAAUGAAGCGUGGCGUGUGGCGGCAUGUGUGGCGCGAGGGUUGGCUCACUUACACGAGGAAGAAGGAGGAAAACCAGCUAUAGCACAUCGUGAUUUCAAAUCCAAGAAUGUCCUAUUAAAGAACGAUUUAAGCGCUUGCAUCGCUGACUUUGGUUUAGCUUUAGUCUUUGUAGCUGGACAUGGUUGUGGUGAUGCUCACGGCCAAGUUGGGACAAGACGUUAUAUGGCGCCUGAAGUGCUUGAUGGGGCGAUCAAUUUCACGAAGGACGCUUUUCUCAGGAUAGAUAUGUAUGCGUGUGCGCUCGUGUUGUGGGAGAUCGCGUCACGUUGUAGCGAUAGUGGCGUUGAACCGACAGCACAGUAUCGUCUUCCACUUGAAGAGGAAGUGGGUUCGCAUCCCGGGCUCGAAGAAAUGCAAGAGGCUGUUGUCCAACGAAAACUACGACCACAUAUUCAACCACAGUGGCGAGACCAUCCCGGUCUAUCAGUACUAUGUGAUACUAUGGAGGAAUGCUGGGAUCAUGAUGCUGAAGCUCGUUUAUCAGCUUCAUGUGUGCUUGAAAGGAUUGCCGCCCAGCAACCAACGCAACCAGCUCCCCAAACACCAGAUACAACCCCGCUGUUAAUACACGAACUGACCUGCUGA